GACAAUGCAUAUUAUAAUACAAACUACAAAGAAGUAGAAAUUCAAAGGGAAUAAGAUAUCCAUGGAUGACGAUCGGUUGCGACCAACUUUCAAAUAGCGAUAGAAAGUCCCGUGUAUGCUUCUGAAGGGAAGAAUAGAAAUACACGCGAUAAUGAAAAUGUUCAAAGGAGCUUAGGAAAAAAAUUAAUUUAAAAAGAAAACGUUAUACUCGGUACAUUUUAUAAUCAGAGAGAAGGACGAGAUAUUGGAAACCGCCUUUGCAAGCUAUACUUUGUACGAUAUUUUCCAUUUGUCACGAAUAUUCUCCAGAGCAUGGACUUUCAAAACGUAAAUCCGCUGAACGUUCGAUUAAACAGGUUCUCGGGCAACUUGUUACCGAUGACCAGCGACGACGCUCUGUUCCCUGUUGCGUGGAGAAUAUAUAGCGCCGUCAUAUGGCUGAUCGAAGCGAUUCAAACUAGCGCGGUGAUUCCCGGGAUCCUGUUCGUGCCGAGAGAUAAGGCUUUGCAGGACGCAACCGUUGGCCUAGUGAUCACCAUAGAGGUGUUUUUCUUGUUACGGCAAAUGCACGCGCGCCGAGAUCUCGUGACGCAGCUGAUUCAAAAGCUGAAUGAAAUUUUGCGCGUUGAGGACAAGACGAUGGAGAUGGUCGUGAGGUCGACCCUGAAGCCGGUAGAGAUUCCGCUGAAAUUUUACUGCGUGGCCGGGACUGGAUCCAUAAUAGUGUGGUGCUGCAUGUCUUUCGCGGUGAUCUUCAAGAAGGAGUAUUUUCUCUAUCAGGAUUACAGACUGCCGAUAGUACUUUCGAAGCAGCCAUUCCCGAUGGAAAUUUUUCUACUGGGAAACUGCGUCGCGACUGUCGCCAGCGUGUAUAUGUUUAUAAAGAAGGUCGCCUUGGACGUCUACAUGAUAAAUUUCGUGUUACUGGUAACGGCACAGUACCGCUACAUCGCGGUGAAGCUCCCGACAGUAUUUCGAGAAAAUGCUCCACAGAAUCAGCGUAGUAAAUCUAAAGGAGAGAAAUAUUCUGCUGUCGAUUCAUCGGCAGUUCUGAAGAUGAAAGCGCUAUGUCGACAUCACAACGCGGUGGUUCAGAUGACGUUAAUACUAAAGAAACUACUGUCUUUGAAUAUGAGUCUAAUGUAUUUGACGAAUGUUUUUAUUUUUUGCUUUCUCGACGUUAUGCUGAUAAGCGCUGUAUUAUCGACGGCUCUUAUAGAGGGAGUUAUGAUUGUUAUGUAUAUAUGCGGCGGCCUAGUACAGCUUUAUAUUUUGUGCUUAUGCGUCAAUCAAUUACUAGACGCGAGUGUAGAAAUGACAGAUAAAGCAUUUCAUGAGAAGUGGUAUCAGUUUGAGCCAACGUUAAAGCAUAUGUUCAGGAUGAUGAUAAGAACUAAUAAUUUAGAAUGUAAACUUUCAAUUUCUGAAAGGUUCAAUCUCUCUCUGCCUUCAUUUAUGACGAUUUUGAAUCAGUCAUACUCAUUUGCUCUUCUUUUUCUAAGAAUGAAAUAA